AUGGCGUCUCCGGGAGCCCUGGAGCCGGCGCCCGCCAGCGUCCCGGCCACCAAGCUGGAGCUCUCCGUCUCCUGCAGGAACUUGCUGGACAUGGACACCUUCUCCAAGUCUGACCCUGUAGUGGUUCUGUUCGUCCAGGGGAGUGGCAGCAAGGAAUGGAGGGAGUUUGGACGCACCGAAGUGAUUGACAACACCCUGAACCCCGACUUCGUCCGCAAGUUCGUCCUUGAUUAUUUCUUUGAGGAGAAGCAGAACCUGCGCUUUGAUGUCUACAAUGUGGAUUCCAAGAGCUGCAACAUCUCUAAACACAAGGACUUUCUGGGCCAGGCGUUCGUGGCGCUGGGCGAAGUGAUCGGAUCCCAGCGGAGCCGCUUGGAGAGACCCCUCACGGGGGUCCCAGGGAAGAAGUGUGGGACCAUCCUGCUGUCAGCUGAGGAGCUCAGCAACUGCCGGGACAUUGUCACCAUGCAGCUCUGCGCCAACAAGCUGGACAAGAAGGACUUCUUCGGGAAAUCCGACCCCUUCCUCGUCUUCUACCGCAGCAAUGAGGACGGCACGUUCACGAUUUGCCACAAGACAGAAGUAGUGAAAAACACACUCAACCCGGUGUGGCAGUCGUUCUCCAUCCCCGUGCGAGCCUUGUGCAACGGGGACUACGACAGGACGGUGAAGAUAGACGUGUACGACUGGGACCGGGAUGGAAGCCACGAUUUCAUCGGGGAGUUUGCCACGAGCUACCGGGAGCUUUCCCGCGCUCAGAGCCAGUUCACAGUCUACGAGGUGUUAAAUCCAAAGAAGAAAUGCAAGAAGAAGAAAUACAUCAACUCUGGAACGGUGACCCUUCUCUCCUUCGCUGUGGAGUCCGAGUUCACCUUUGUGGAUUACAUCCGAGGCGGGACACAGCUGAAUUUCACAGUCGCCAUUGAUUUCACGGCCUCCAACGGGGUCCCGUCGCAGCCCACCUCGCUGCACUACAUGAGCCCAUACCAGCUGAGCGCCUACGCCAUGGCACUGAAGGCCGUCGGCGAGAUCAUCCAGGACUACGACAGCGACAAGCUCUUCCCUGCCUACGGUUUUGGUGCCAAGAUCCCGCCUGACGGCAGCAUUUCCCAUCAGUUCCCCCUGAACAGCGACGUGGAGAACCCGAGCUGCGUGGGGAUCGAUGGCGUCCUGGAGUCCUACUUCCAGAGCCUGCGCACGGUGCAGCUGUACGGGCCCACCAACUUCGCCCCCGUCAUCAACCAGGUGGCCCGCUCGGCUGCCCAGAUGACGGACGGAUCGCAGUACUACGUCUUGCUCAUCGUCACCGACGGCGUCAUCUCUGACAUGAUGCAGACCAAGGAGGCCAUCGUCAACGCCUCUGCCCUGCCCAUGUCCAUCAUCAUCGUGGGAGUGGGCCCGGCAGAGUUUGAUGCCAUGGAAGAACUGGAUGGCGAUGACGUGCGGGUCUGCUCCAGGGGGCGCUAUGCAGAGCGGGACAUCGUGCAGUUCGUGCCAUUCCGGGAUUACGUGGAUCGCUCCGGUAACCAGGUGCUGAGCAUGGCGCGCCUGGCCAAGGACGUGCUGGCCGAGAUCCCGGAGCAGCUGCUCUCCUACAUGAAGAGUCACGACAUCAAGCCCUGCCCUACCGACCCACAGUAG